AUGGUAGCUCUGCGGCGGACAGCAGAUCGAUGGUCAACUUGUGGCUGGACCGGCAUGUCAAACUAUCAGGUCUGGGACUACAUCAUUGUCAAACGAGAGUACGGAGUUCGAGAUAGUUUCAUCAAUCAUGUUCUCGAGAUCGUUGGCGAUCGUGGCAUUGGCUACCUAGUGGCCAACGCAGCUUACUUGCCCUUCUUGGACGCCUAUGGACCCAUUGGUGCAUUGAGCGACAAGGCCGAGGAGGUCGAUGCUGUGUUAUCGGAGCUAAUGCGGAUCAAUGUCGCUGGUAACAUCCACCUCUUUCAUGUCUUCCUUCCUCUUCUCGUAAAGGGCGAGAUCAAGAAGGUUAUUGCCAUUUCGACCGGUCUGGCUGACCUCGACCUGACCAACGAUUGCGAGAUCGACAUUGGGGCUUUAUAUGCAUCCUCGAAGGCGGCUCUAAACGUCAUCGUGGCUAAGUUCAAUGCGCAAUACAAGAAAGACGGUGUCCUCUUCCUGGCUAUCAGCCCGGGCUUAGUGGAUGUGGGCCACUACGCGGAUGCGACACCAGAAGAGCUCCAGGGCAUGACGGGAUUUGUAGGCAAGCUCGUAGCAUAUGCGCCUCACUUCAAGGGCCCAAUCUCUCCGGAAGAGUCCGUCCGGCAUCUCCGCUCCACCUGGGAGAAGGCCAGCAUUGAGGGUGGGUUUGGUGGUGCGUUUGUUUCGCAUUUUGGAAACAAGCAGUGGGUGUAA